AUGACUUGGAACGAUUGCUAUCGAAUUCCGACCCCAAAUCUCGGCGCCCAAUCUCACGUAAAGGUUACCCAAACAAACUUCUUCCACACUAAAGAUGCCAACACAUUGGUGGUCGGUGGCCGCGAUGCCAGCACAAGUCUGGAUAGCACUUAUGAAUGCAGCAAGGCCGCAAACCCCCAAAGACCUUACUGCUUUGAUUGUUCUGCUGAGUAGUCGAUCAAGCACCGAUAAAAUAGCAUGCGAUCAAAGCUGCAAUCUAUCGUAUAGAGCAGCAGUCACAUGUAUAACUUUCGAAAGAACAAUCUUUGCUCAAGUUGU